AUGCUGGCGCGAGUGACACAGUCGGUGCGGGCGGCGGCGUGGGCGCGGGCGCUGAGCGUGGCGGUGGCCGAGGCUGUGCCCGGCGAGCGCAAGGUGGCGGUGGAGUUUGACGACGGCUUUGCGGCGCAGUACGACUACGCCUGGCUCCGCGACAACUGCAUGUGCGAUGCGUGUAUGGACGCGGCGUCCGGGCAGAAGAACAUGUGCGCGUACGACUACAAUGCGCCGGCGCUGGAGGUCACCAAUGUGCGCCCCGGUGCGGCGCUCGAGGUGGCCUGGGCGCCGACGCCACUCCCGCCGUGGCUUGGCGGGCGGAGCAACGCGGCGCUGGCGUCGUCGUAUCCGCCGAUGGGCAUGGUAGUCGACGAGGCUUCGCCCGAUGGCUGGUCCAUUGCCGCCCACACCUCGCGCCUCGACGCAGAGUGGCUGUACGAGCACGCGUACGCGCCGCCGCCACCACCAGCCGUCUGCCACGAGCCGCCGACCACAACGUGGAACGCCGCCGAUCUGGCGGCGGCCGGUGGCGUGGUCGAGCUCGACUACGCCAGCUACCUCGAUUCGGACGACGUACUCUACGAUGCGCUCUCAUCGCUUUCGGACCGCGGCCUGAUCAUGCUCAAGAACGUACCGGCGGAGCGCGGGCCGGUCGAGGCCGUCGCGCAGCGCAUCGCGUACAUCAAGGAGACCAUGUACGGCCGGCUGUUCGACGUCGAGUCGACGCCCGAGGCUGCCAACGUGGCAAAUACCUCGAUCUCGCUCGCGCCGCACAUGGACUUGUGCUAUUACGAGUCGCCGCCAGGCCUCCAGCUCCUGCAUGCCAUCACGACCGAGGCCACUGGCGGCGUCUCGGGCUUUGUCGACGGCUUCCGGGUCCUGGAGGAUCUUCGGGCGGCGGCGCCUGAUGCAGUCGAGCUCCUCUCCUCGGUCCCGCUCACCUUCCACUACCGGCGCGAUGGACAAUUUAUGCGCUUCCGCCGCCCGCUCAUCGAGGCGGCAUCGCACAACGAACCGGUUGCCUUCAACUGGUCGCCGCAGUUUGAGGGCCCGCCGCGGCUCGAUCUGCGGACCGCCUCGGCCAAGCCCGACUUUGAGCUCAACGCCGACGCGUUCUAUUCGGCCUACGGCCUCUUUGCCGCCAUGGUCCGCGACCCGGCGUACCUCUACGAGUUCCGCAUGGAGUCGGGCGACAUGGUUGUCUUCCUCAACCGCCGCGUUCUGCACGCCCGGACCGAGUUUGACGCCGCGUCGGGACCGCGCCUCCUGCAGGGAACGUACGUCAACAUGGACGACUUUCGGUCCAAGCUGCGGGCGAUGAAGCUCGCGCGGACCACACUUGGUGAGAGCUAA